CAGGUGUUUCAUGCAGAGAAGCAGAGUUUCAUCUGGAGCUGCACAAUAAGAAAAAGAAGAAAAUAUGAGAGCUGUUGCAACCUUCUUGGUUUUGGUGAAUUUCUUCAUCGGCUGUUAUGGUUUGAGCUGCAAAGCUGGUCCUCUGCAGUUUUCUGUUGCCCAGCUUGAUGCUAGCCAAGGGAUGGUUGUGAUGACUGACAAAGACUCCAACGUCUUCUUCCUCAGUGGAUCAAGUUGGUCCAAACUGGGCUCUGUUCCUCUCAAGCAUGUCUCAGUGGGACCUGCAGGGAUCUGGGGAGUCAGCAAUGAUGACAAAGUCUAUAAAUUUGCUGGUGGUGAUUUCUUUCCUGUUUCAGGUCAGGAGUUGAACCAAUUGGAUGCUGGUGGAGAAGGUCAUGUAGUUGGGGUUACUGAUGGUAACAACAUCCACUGUCUAAAUGCCAGUUAUGUCUCAUCCAUUCAGCCGGAGAGCAUCUUGGACUCAAAUACCCUGCCAGGGCGACUGAUAUACACAAGUUGUAGUUCAAAUGUUUGCUGGGGAGUGAGCUCAAGUCAUAACAUCUACUUUGCGAGUGUCUCAUCAAGCACCUGUGUGACAAGCGGAUGGACUGAAGUAGAAGGAAAAGCGGUAAAAGUGGAAGUCGGGACUGAUGGACGUGUCUUUGUUGUAAAUGAAUCUGGAAAACUCUACGAAAGAAUCGGCAUUUCCAACGGAGCUCCAGGAGGUGCAGAUUGGAAAAUAAUUGAAAUCCCGACACCCAUCGAGCAUGUGAGCUAUGACCUGGGACGUCUGUGGCUCGUGACUGAGUGUGAAUUCAUACUAGAGUGCACUCACUAAACAGCUUAAAGUCUUUGAA